AAUAGCAUACAUAGAAAAUUAAGUGAUCAGGCAUAUUCACUCUCACUUCAACAAUGACGAGAACUCUCAUAAUUGCCAUCUCCCUUGAGAUCACAGUAUCUGUGUUUCUCUAUGGAAAAUCUUUGGCAGCAGCUCCGGCCACCAAAAAUAAGGGCCCGCCAGCACUUUUCGCGUUCGGUGACUCGAUGCUGGAUACUGGGAAUAACAAUGAUCUACUGACUGCGUUGAAGUGCAACUUUCGCCCUUAUGGAAGGGACUUCAUGGGCGGGAAACCUACAGGAAGGUUUUGCAAUGGAAGAGUCCCCUCCGACUUCUUAGCGGAGCUGCUCGGGCUGAAGAAAUACUUGCCGGCGUACUUGGAUAAAGGCUUGAAGACGGAAGAUCUCCUCACCGGUGUCGGCUUCGCCUCCGGAGCCACCGGCUAUGAUCCUCUGACUUCCCAAAUUGCUUCAGUGAUAUCAAUGCCGAACCAGCUGAACCUCUUCAAGCAAUACAAGAGGAAUAUUACCGCGGCAGUCGGACAAAAGCAGGCGGCGAAAAUAGUGGCACAAAGCACUUACGUAAUGAUCGCUGGGAAUAAUGACAUCGCCAACACUUACUUCUCCACUCCCUUCAGGAGAGUACAUUACGAUGUUCCCUCGUACACUGACCUCUUGAUCGAUCAUGCUUCGAGUUUCUUCAUGUCCACAUUUGGGCAGGAUCUAUACGGACAAGGGUCAAGGAAGAUAGCAGUGCUCAGUAUGCCGCCGAUCGGAUGCGUGCCCUCACAGAGGACGCUCGAUGGAGGCUUGAGGAGGGAGUGCUCGGAGAGGGCAAACGAAGCGGCUCUGCUCUUCAACUCGAAGCUCUCCCCCAAGCUCAAGGACCUCAGCAAACAGCUGCCUGGAAGCAGAUUUGUCUACAUGGACGUCUACAACACUCUCCUCGACAUCUUCCAGAAUCAUACCAAAUAUGGUGUGUCACCGCUUGGUUUCGAGGUCGGGAAUAAGGGAUGCUGCGGCACAGGGAAUAUAGAAGCGAGCAUACUGUGCAAUCGUCUACAAGACACGGCAACUUGCAAGGAUGACACCAAGUAUGUGUUCUGGGACAGCCUCCACCUGACGGAGAGGGCUUAUGAGAUUCUGUCGAAUGAGACGUUCAAUAAGUACAAAAACCAGCUUCUCUAAUCGGCGAUUUCUCUCAUUUCGCAGUCACCAUGUACAUGCAUUACAAUAAGUGAUGCAAUAGACACCUCCAUAAUGCCAAUACGAAUCUCAGACCUAAGAGAUUCUGUCGAACAAGACGCAUAACAAGUAACCAUGGUAGUAUCCUACUGUAUUCCUUUUUAAUAUAUAUUUAACCCUUUUUCUUUUUUUCUUUUUUUCUUUUUUGGUGGAAAGUGAAGAAUGUAGCAAUUAUAAGGACAAUAAUAUGCCAUGGUUGGGCAA